UUCUUGGAAGGUUCAUUUUUCAGUUUGUUCUAUAUUAAAUAUCAUGUGGUGGUGUGUGGGAAAGACAUUCACUUUUCUGUUUCUCUCAUCCAUUUUCUGUUUCAAUUUCUUAAUUAAGAGAUCUUAUUUCUAAGUUUCUUUGUUUCCACAAGUUUUCUUUUCUUACGCAGAAGAUUAUAGUCUCAAUUUGUUUACUCACAUAUUUUACAGAAUCAUCUUGCAAUCAAGGUUGGUUGGUUCACUCGAUUGAAGAGUGAAGAACAAGAGGCGAAAUGGAUCGGUGUGAUUGAUUCUUGUUCAUCAAUAUUGAUUAAGAAUUCUCCACAUAUUUUGUGUAAUUUCAACACCUGGUACCUAAAGCACUGGUUGUGUGAUUCUUAUAAAGCAUAGCGCGAUGAAUCAUCCGAUAAACUAUCUGAAUGGGCAUUUUUUGGCGAGUCUCCCAAUUCUGAAAAGUCGAAAUUAUGAGAAUCGGCACGUGAAGGUUGUAGAAAAUGCAACGGAUGAACAAAAGGCUACACACAAAUAAUUAAAAAGAAAUGUACCGUGAGGAGUAUGUAAGAGCCAGUCAAUUGGCUGGUCCUCCAGUUGCAUGCUUUAUUCAGCUUCGGGUAUAGGUAUAUCAGAAUGGCGACACCUUAGUUCCACUCAUGAAUUGUAGACGAAUCAAUAAAGUACCGAAUAUAUGUCACGUCCACGUAGAUUGCACUUUUGUCCACAAAGAGGGACGUGCCAACCAAGAACAUGAACCAACACCACAAAGCACAAGCUCGGCGGUACUCAACAAAAAUCGCAUCACCCUCCUCCUUAGCCUCAAUUGCCGCCACCAAGUUGUUCUCGUUAAUCUCUUUUAAGAUGGAGAACCGGAUACACGCCCUAUUUGUUGUUCUUCAAUCAUAAUUGGCCAUAUAUGCGUCCAUACCCAGAUAAUUCACCAUCCACUCCAUGGAUUCAACUCUUUGUAUUCGGGAAUGGUCUAAUAACCUGUCACAAAAGAAAACAAUGUUAGUUGUUGUUGGAUCCUGAAUAAAUCGUUUAAAUUCAUUUCAACUAUUUGUAAGUAAACCGUUUAAAUUAAAAAGUGCAACAAAAAAAAAUUCUCUACAUCCUAAAUAUGUUGAGUGGCAUGGUCAUGAUAGUAUAUCAAGACAGACGUGUCUGAAGGCCCUCCCAGGUAACCACGCUCUUGUGCAUCAUGUACAUCGUCCUGAGCAUCUUCGUCAUGCUCAAGGUGAACCUCAGGUACCUCUUCCACUUCAGGUACCUCCUCCUCCUCCCGACUAACCUGCGAACAACCAUUUUUGAGAAACUUCCAAUUCUUGCCCUAACUCAUCCAAAAUCCAGUUUUCUACAUCUAAAGUGCUAAACACUAACAUUGAACUACAAUAACAUCAACCUACACAUUAUCCUAAAUUCUAACAAUCCUAAUAACAACUUUGAGCUAGAGGUAGAAAGUAGAGAAAACUUACAAAAUUUUGGAGCUUUGAGUAGAACUUGAAAUGAGCUUUGAGCUUAGAAAUGCUUGAAUGGAACUUGUAGAGUAGGAAUGCCUGAAUGGAACUUGGUAAAAAAUGGUUUUGAAGUGAAAAUUUGGUAGUUGAAGAGAAUGCAAACAGUGGGGGUGGCUGUUUGCGUUUUCUGAAAUACCCCAAAUUAUUUUGAAUAUGCAUAUCCGAAAACACAAAUUUUUUUAAGAUGACUUCGCAUAUGCAUCUCCGAAGUCGCCAUAUUUUACACAGAAAAAUGAGUGAUUUCAGAGAUGUAUAUGCGAAGUCACACUUUUUUUAAAAGAAUUGUCUUCGAAUAUGUAUAUCUAAAAUAUAAGAGUAUUUUGAGAUUUUCACCGACGAUGGUAUGGGUGCAAUGAUAAUUUUCCAUUUAUUAUAGGUUACUAGUGUAUCUAUCAAAAGUCAAGAAUCUAGACUUUAUGGCACAUGGAAAUAAUUGGUUGUCGAUAACAAACAAACUUCAAUAAUUUCGUUUACAUUUCUUUUAGCUUUCGUAGAAGGUUCAUUUUUCAAUUUGGGACACUCGUUUUUGUGAUCGAGGUUUGUUUUAGAUUAAAUAUCAAUCUCUUUUGUGGUUUGUGGGAAAGACAUUCACUUUUCUAUUUCUCUCAUCCAUUUUCUUCUAUUUCCUUCUCUUACACUUCAACUUCUUCACAGUACUUUAUGUAGCCUCAAAAUAUUUCUUAAUUAAGAGAUCUUAUACUUUCUUUGUUUUCACUAGAGUUGGCAAAAUGGACUAUCCGGCCUAUUUAGGUUGGCUCUGACGGGUCCUAGGUUUUUUAGAGUUGGGCAAAAAAGAUCCGGUAUAAUAUGGGCUUGAGAAUUACUACUCGAGUCCGGUCCUAGAUGGACUUUGGACUACCUGAGCCCUAAAUGGGUUUUUUAAUUAAAAAAAAUAAAAAUAAAAACUCCAUAAUAUUUAUUAUGAUUAAAAUUAAAAAUUAUAUUAUUUUAAACAUAAUACAUUUUUCAGCAAUAUAUUAUCUCUUAUAAAUAUUAUAAUGUGCUUCUAAAUACAAUAUAUGUUUUAACUAUAUAAAAUAAUACUUGAAUAUUUAAUUUAAGAGAAAACAAAUAUAAUACGAAUGUUGAUUAUAUUAAUGUAUAAUAUUUAAAAGAGAUAGAUUGAAUAGAAUAGAAAUAAAUUUUAGUGAAAUGAGAAAAAACAUUAUGCUAUUUUGGAGUAAGACAAUAUAAAUAUUAAUAUAUAUUUUUUUUAAAUGUAAAGUUAUGCGGCCUGAUGGGCUACCCACUGCCUAUAUGUGCUAGCUCUAAUGGAUAGCGGACUUUUUACGGCAAUGGAGUAUUUAGUGGGUAGCCAUGGCAGGGCUGAUGGUUGCAGGAGCAUUUCUUACACCUGUCAUCCAAGUAAUUGUAGAGAGGGUUGUCUCAGGAGAUUACAAAGACAUCUUCAAGAAACGAAUGGUGAAUAAACUCGAAAUCAAUUUGAAUUCUAUCAAUCAAGUGUUGGAUGAUGCAGAGACAAAGCAGUACCAGAAUCCAAAUGUGAGGAUUUGGCUUGAUGAUAUAAAACAUGAGGUAUAUGAAGUAGAACAGCUGUUGGAUGAGAUUGCUACAAGUGCACAACGAAAGAGCAAAGUUAAACACUUCUUUUCAUCUCUGACUAAUCAGUUUGAAUCUAGGAUGAAAGACUCGCUAGAUAAGCUAGAACAUCUUUUAAAGCAAAAUGAUGUGGUGGGAUUGAAAGAAGGAACAUCUGCUCGUAAUGGACUUGAAGUCGGUCCAGAAUCUUCAAAAAGAGUGCCAACGACUUCUUUGGUGGAUGAAUCUAGAAUACUUGGUAGAAAUGGUGAUAAAGAGGAAAUUAUUGAUUUCUUACUUUUAGACAAUGGUAGUAUUUGCAACCACGCACCAAUAAUCAGCAUAGUUGGUCUUGGUGGGAUGGGUAAGACAACCCUUGCUCGGCUCGUCUACAAUGACGACAAGGUGCAAAACAGCUUUGAACUUAAAGCUUGGGUUUAUGUUUCAAAUCCAUUUGAUAUUUUUGGGCUCACUAAAGAAAUUCUCGAGCAAUUUAAUUCUCCAACAGAUGAAAGCUUGGAAAUACUUCAACGUCAAUUGCAACAGACCGUAAUGGGAAAGAAAUAUUUGCUUGUUCUAGAUGAUAUUUGGAAAGCUAAUGAGAAAAGUUGGGAGCAGUUACUAAUUCCUUUUAAUAAAGGAUCUUCUGGAAGUAAGAUGAUCGUGACAACACGAAGUAAGGAUGAUGCAUCAGCCAUGGAUUCUGUCAAGUUAGUUGAAUUAGAACAACUAGAGGAGAGUAAUUGCUGGAGUUUAUUUGUGACACAUGCUUUUCAGGAUAGAAACGUGAAUGAAUAUCCAGAUCUUGAAUCAAUUGGAAAGAUGAUAGUAGACAAGUGUGGAGGGUUGCCAUUAGCUGUUAAAACAAUGGGGAACCUCUUGAGAAAAAAUUUCUCUAAAAAUGAAUGGGAGAAAAUAUUAAAGACUGAUAUGUGGCGUUUAUCAGAGAGAGACAGUGACAUAAAUCCAGUAUUGAGACUGAGUUACCAUAAUCUUCCUUCAAAUUCGAAGCGUUGUUUUGCAUAUUGUUCCAUAUUUCCCAAGGGUUAUGAGUUUCACAAGAAUGAGUUAAUCAAAAUGUGGAUGGCAAAUGGUUUGUUGAAUUCCUACAAAAGUAACAAAAGUAAAGAAGAGUUGGGCAGUGAGUCAUUUGAUGAUCUUGAGUCAAUUUCAUUUUUCCAAAGAUCACUAGGUGGUAGUUUUGUCAUGCAUGAUCUUGUCAAUGACUUGGCAAAAUCAGAGUCUGGAGAGUUUUGCUUACAAGUCGAGGGUGAAAAGGUGCAAGAGAUAUCUGAAAGGACACGCCACAUUUGGUGUUCUCGUAAUUUGAAAGCCGGCGAUGGGAUAUUAAAGCAUAUUUAUAAAGCUAAGGGAUUACACAGUUUGUUGGUAAACAGACGAGGAGAUGGUGGCGAAUGCUUCAUGAAAAGCAACAAUGUGCAAUGUGAUUUGUUUUCAAAGCUAAAAUAUUUGCGGAUGUUGUCGUUUUGUGGUUUUGGUUUUUCAUUUGAAAAUCAAGAACUAGCUGAUGAGAUAGGUAGCUUAAAUUCUUUACGUUAUCUAGACCUGUCUUGGACAAAUAUUAAAAGGUUGCCCGACUCUAUCUGUAAGCUUUAUAACUUAGAGAGACUGGAAUUGAAAGGGUGUCGUAAUUUGACUGAAUUUCCUUUAGAUUUUUACAAACUUGACCAUUUACGCCAUCUUAAUCUGGAAGGAACUGCAAUAAAGAAAAUGCCAAAGCAGAUAAGGAAACUAAACCAUCUACAAACUUUUAGAACAAGAUUUGUUCUUAUCAAUUAUCUUAGUUUUGAUGAUAACAAUAAUAUGAAUUUUGCUUAAGAUAAUAUGGUACUCUAAUCCAAUGCAAUUUCCCUUUCAGGAAAUAUAUAAAGAGUACGCAUAAUUCAGCGCUCAGAAGUUGUGUCUCAAAUGGUUCAGCAUGCAACAUCAGAACAUGGUCUGGCAAGACAUCAGAAGAUGGUCGAAGCAGAAUCAGAACAUGGGUCUAUGGAAGCAUCAGAAGAACAUGAGAUCAGAAGCACUGAAGAUCAGAAGAUGGUAUCACGCAACAGAAGCACUUCAAAAUCAGAAGAUGCUAUGCACCAAGCUGUUUGACUCUGAUGAUAUUCAAACGUCGUAUUCACAAACAUCAGAUCAGAAGGAAGUACACGUGGCAGACUACGCUGACUGACAAAAGGAACGUUAAAGCUACUAAAGGCUACGUCAGUAGACACAGCGUGAACAAGGCUCGAGGUAGUUGACAAAAGCGUAUAACAUUAAAUGCAAAGCUGUACGGAACACGCAAAGCAUUAAAUGCAUUCAACGGUCAUCUUCUCAACGCCUAUAAAUAUGAAGUUCUGAUGAGAAGCAAGGUUAACGAUUUCGCACCAAUACAAUUCAAAUUAACUUGCUGAAACUCUGUUCAAUCAAAAACUCAGAAUCUUCAUCUUCAUCAAAGCUCACUACAUUGCUGUUGUAAUAUUUUAGUGAGAUUAAGCUUAAACUGUAAGAGAAAUAUCACAGUUGUGAUUAUCGCUUUUAAGAAGCAUUUGUAAACUCUUGAAUUGAUUACAUUAAGUUGUAAGGAACUAGAGUGAUCGUGUGAUCUGUAUACUCUAGGAAGUCUUGGCAGUUGGCUGAGCAGAAAGUCUUAGGAGUGAACUAAGCCUAGAGUGAUCGUGUUGAUCAGUAGACUCUAGAAAAGUAUUAGGAGUGAACUAAGCAGUUGUUCCUGGAGUGAUCAAGUUGUGAUCUGUAUACUCUGGAAGACUUAGUCGUGGACUAAGUGGAAAACCAUUGUAAUCCGUGCGAUUAGUGGAUUAAAUCCUCAGGUUGAGGUAAAUCAUCUCUGCGGGGGUGGACUGGAGUAGCUUCGUUAACAGUGAACCAGGAUAAAAAUAAUUGUGCAAUUUAUUUUUAUCGUUCAAGAUUUAAAGUUACACUUAUUCAAUCCCCCCCUUUCUAAGUGUUUUUCUAUCCUUCAAUUGGCAUCAGAGCGCCGGUUCUAAGGUGCAAGCACUUAACCGUGUUUAGAAAAGAUUCAGGAAGAGAAAAACGCU